AUGGCGACGAUGCGGAAAUUGUUGUUUCAAAAUCAAAAGCCACCAGAAGGCCUUCUGGAGAUCUCUGAAAGAGUCUAUGUAUUUCACUGCUGUUUCGGCGCCAAACGGGACUGGAGCGAGGAGCGUUACGGAAAUCACGUGAACGGGGUCGUUGGUAAGUUUCGACAAAACGCGCCCGAGGCUUCCGUUUUGGUGUGCAACUUCCGUAACGAAGAGACGAAGACAAAGAUGUUCGACGUAAACGGCGUUACUCUGACGGAAUAUCCUCGGCACCACCUAGGUUGCCCCGUGCUCAAAAUGGAGGACACGUGGCGGUUUCUAAGGUCGUGCAAGAACUGGCUUUCGCGCGAACACCGCAACGUUGUGUUAAUGCACUGCGAACGAGGUUGUUGGCCUGUUUUGGCGUUCACAUUGGCUGCAUUGUUUGUGUUUGGGAAACACUACGAAGGAGAAAAGAGGAGUUUAGAAAUGGUUUACGAACAGGCUCCACGUCAGCUUUUGCAUUCCAUGAUGGCUAUCAAUCAAAUCCCUUCGCAACUGAGGUAUCUUCAAUACGUUUCCACGUGGCAUGGGGUGUUGGGUUUGCCUCUGUUGGAGAGGGUAAUUAGGUUGGACUCUAUUGUUCUAAGGUUUAUGCCAGAUUUUGAUGGUCAAGCUCGUUCUUGUCCCAUGUUUCGAAUUUAUGGACACGACCCUUUUGUUGCUGAUGCAAAUGCUAAAUUAUUGUGUUCCACACUCGAGAGAAGAAAAACUGUUCCAGCAUAUGAACAGGGAGAUUGUGAAACAAUGAAAGUCAAUAUUAAUUGCCAUAUUCGAGGUGAUGUCUUGAUUGAGAGCAUUAACCUGUAUGGUGACAUGGAGAGUGAACAGAUGAUGUUUCGAGCCAUGUUCAACACGGCUUUUAUUGGAUCUAAUAUAUUGUUGCUUAACCGGGAUAAAAUUGAUGUUUUAUGGUGUGCUAAAGAUAAUUUCCCAAAGGAAUUUAGAGCAGAGAUUCUUUUCUCGGAAAUGGAUGCUUCUACAGCUGUUCUUGAGAAUGGCACCUCGUGCUUUAAGGAGAAGGAGGGGAUGGAUCCCAAGGAAAAUACUUCACCACUAAAUGUGCUCCAAAAGAAGUGUGCUUCACCUGCCGAUACCAUACAUGAAAAGUUGAAUGCAGGCUCAAAUGAGCAUGUGGAGAGUGGCAGUUUUUUGCAUCAAAAAGGUCCUCAAAUGCCUAAGGAGAAAAAGAAUGAAGCAAAUUGCUUUUUGUCUUCAAAUUUGGGGAACCAGUUUGUGUCCUCAGCUAGGCAAUGCCCAGAUAACAAUAUGAGUAAAAAAGAGGAUAAAAUGAUCAAGGAUGAUGAGUCUGACAUUAGCCAAGUAAUGUCAAGCCCUUUUGAAAGAACCUCGGAGUCCAACAACUGUGUAAAAGAUUGUACAAAUCUUUCAAUAAAAGUACAUCCAUCUAAUUCUGUGGACACCAUUUCUAGUGGUCCAAUUUCACCCCAAACACCUCCACUACGCCCUCCCUCAACUAGUAAUGCUAAAGAAGUUCAUGAUUCUCCUCCUCACAAGGAUUCACAUCCUCAUUAUCAUUUGCCUUUGAAAUCAAGAGAUGAUCUUACUGAAGGAACUAAAUCCCAAUCACAAAAUAAAAGUCAAUCAAUUAUGUUUAGCUCUACAAUAGGGACUCCAAUCUUAAGUCCUUCCCAUAAUAAGUCACCAAAUGGUUCUAUUUCCCAUGGUCCAGAUUCUGUAAUUACUUCAAAUCAACCACCUCCUUUGAAGAAGAUUUUACCUGUUAGAACAAAACUUGAUUCUUUCCCUUCAAAAUCUCAACCUCAAACACUGCCAUCUGCUCCCCCUUCUCCACUAAAGAAGCAUGAACAAAUUAGAGUUGGAGAUCCUCCAUCCCCUCCAACUCCUCCACUAAAGGAACAUGAACCACCUAGAGCUGGAAUUCCUCCAUCCCCUCCAACUCCACCUCUUAGUCCUUUAGUGAAAGUUUUAAGUCCUCCCAGUAUAGAACCAUUGGUGCCAGUGCCACCACCACCACCUCCAAUCAUUGCACAUUCCUUUGAUCACAUUAAUUCUUCAUCUCCAAAGUCUCCACUUGUUCCUGCAGCGCCUGCUGCUCCACCACCUCCAACUUCCUUUCGUAAAGGAGGUAUACCAUUAGAUCAUGGUUUUCCUAGGUUACGUUCCAUGGGUGGUGAUGGGCAUAAUGGGUGUAUUGGCUCAAACGGAUCAGUUCUAUCACAUACAAAUUCAAUCAAAAGGUUAAAGCCAUUGCAUUGGUUGAAACUAUCUAGAGCAGUGCAAGGUAGUUUGUGGGCAGAGACACAAAAGUCUUGUGAAGCUUCCAAAGCCCCAGAGAUUGAUAUCUCAGAGCUUGAGAGUCUCUUUUCAACCACAACCCCAAGUUCAGCUCCUUCCAAGAAGUCAAACGUGAAAAGAUCAGUUGGACCAAAAUCUGAUAAAGUGCAACUGAUUGAGCAUGCACGAGCAUAUAAUUGUGAAAUCCUUCUUUCAAAAGUAAAAGUGCCAUUGCAUGAUUUAAUGAGAUCAGUGUUAGCACUAGACGAAUCUGCAUUAGACAUUGAUCAAGUUGAGAACCUGAUAAAAUUUUGUCCUACGAAGGAGGAGAUAGAAAUACUCAAGGAUUAUACCGGAGAAAAGGAGAAGCUCGGGAGAUGUGAACAAUUCUUCUUGGAGUUGAUGAAGGUUCCACGAGUAGAAUCUAAGUUCAUAGUUUUUUCGGUCAAGAUUCAAUUUCACUCACAGGUUUCUGACCUUAAAAACAGCUUCAAUGUAAUUAAUGAUGCUUCAGAAGAGAUCAGAAAUUCUGUCAAAUUAAAGAGAAUCAUGCAAACAAUACUUUCUUUAGGAAAUGCUUUGAACCAAGGAACUGCCAAGGGCUCUGCCAUUGGAUUCAGAUUGGACAGUCUUCUUAAACUCACUGAGACACGUGCGCAGAACAAAAACAUAACUCUCAUGAAUUAUCUCUGUAAGGUUCUGACAGAUAAGCUACCAGAAGUGUUAGAUUUCUCCAAAGAUCUUUCUAACCUUGAGCCAGCAGCAAAGAUCCAACUGAAGUUGCUAGCAGAGGAGAUGCGAGCUAUAAGCCAAGGAUUAGAGAGAGUUGAACAUGAACUAACCAUCUCUAAAAAUGAUGGUCCUGUGUCAGAAACUUUUUGCAAGAAUUUGAAAGAAUACCUUUCUUCUGCGAAGGCCGAAGUCUCUUCAUUGGAUUCACUAUAUUCUGUCAUGGGUAGGAGUGUGGAUGCUCUGAUUAUUUAUUUUGGUGAAGAUCCAUCUCGCUGCCCUUUUGAGCAAGUUGUCACUACUUUGCUCAACUUUACUAGAAUGUUCAACAAAGCCCAUGAAGAAAACUGCAAGCUGCUUGAGUCUCGAAGAAAAUAG